GACUUUAGAGAGUGUAGUUUCAAUAAGACUCUUGCGGCUGAAGGCGUCGCUUGGGACCCUCCUUCAAGCCAAGGAGCAUCUCAUUGGAGGUGGCCUGUGGGGGUUUAGGAGUCACGCUCACCUGCCUUGUGCCGGUCAAAUAAAAGUCCCUGGGUCUGUCUGACGUGUUCGAGUGUCCAUUGUGGAAGAUAUGUGAACGGCCAUGCAAAAAAGCAUUAUGAAGAUGCACAGAUUCCUAUGACCAAUCAUAAGAAAACAGAAAAGCAGGAGAAAAUUCAGCAUACUGUGUGUAUGGAUUGCAGUAGUUACAGUACAUACUGUUAUCGCUGUGAUGAUUUUGUAGUCAAUGAUACCAAGCUGGGCCUGGUACAGAAGGUCAGAGAGCACCUACAGAACUUGGAAAAUUCAGCCUUUACAUCAGACAGACAUAGGAAAAGAAAACUAUUGGAAAACUCAUCUCUGAACAGCAAGUUAUUGAAAGUAAAUGGAAGCACCACUGCCCUUUGUGCCACAGGCCUUCGGAACCUGGGGAACACUUGUUUCAUGAACGCAAUCCUUCAGUCACUCAGUAACAUUCAGCAGUUUUGCUGUUACUUCAAGGAGUUGCCUGCGGUGGAGCUGAGGAAUGGGAAGACGGCCGGGCGGCGAACUUACCACACCAGGAGCCAGGGGGAUAACAAUGUUUCACUUGUGGAAGAAUUCAGAAAGACACUCUGUGCUUUAUGGCAAGGAAGCCAAACAGCAUUUAGUCCAGAGUCUUUAUUUUACGUUGUUUGGAAAAUAAUGCCAAAUUUUAGGGGAUACCAGCAACAGGAUGCCCAUGAGUUCAUGCGUUACCUUUUGGACCAUCUACACCUGGAACUCCAGAGUGGCUUCAAUGGUGUUUCACGUUCAGUAAUCUUGCAAGAAAAUUCUAACCUGUCUGCAAGCAACAAAUGUUGCAUAAAUGGAGCAUCAACUGUUGUCACUGCCAUUUUUGGAGGCAUUCUUCAAAAUGAAGUCAACUGCCUAAUAUGUGGGACUGAAUCUAGAAAGUUUGACCCAUUCCUAGACCUUUCGCUAGAUAUUCCAAGUCAGUUCAGAAAUAAACGUACUAAAAACCAAGAGAGUGGACCAGUGUGCACGCUACGAGAUUGUCUUCGCAGUUUUACGGACCUGGAAGAACUUGAUGAGACAGAGCUGUACAUGUGUCACAAAUGCAAAAAGAAACAGAAGUCCACCAAAAAAUUCUGGAUUCAGAAACUACCAAAGGUGCUAUGCUUACACUUGAAACGCUUUCACUGGACAGCAUAUCUGAGAAACAAGGUUGAUACAUAUGUUGAGUUUCCCUUGCGAGGCCUAGACAUGAAAUGCUACUUGUUAGAGCCUGAAAACAGUGGCCCGGAGAGCUGCCUGUAUGACCUCGUGGCUGUGGUUGUGCAUCACGGCUCAGGCGUUGGCUCUGGCCACUACACGGCGUAUGCGGCGCACGAGGGCCGCUGGUUCCACUUCAACGACAGUACUGUAACCCUGACCGAUGAGGAGACCGUGGGCAAGGCCAAGGCCUACAUCCUCUUCUACGUGGAGCGCCAAGCCAAGCCUGGAGCAGAGAAACUUUAAUACCUCCUUUGCAUUCUUACUUACCAAGUCCACCGGACAGACAUUUCCAUUUUUUCCAUAAAUACUUGAUCCAAGACUUAUUAAUUUCAUUGUGCACUUUGCAAUUUCCUCUUGUGGGUUUUUGUUUUGUUGUGUCAAUGGUAGCAUUUGACUUAUUGAACUUGGACACAAACUAACUUUUUUUUUUUAGUUGUACCAGAAAACCUCAGCAGAUUUUGAUUUGCUGCUUUAGUUGUGAUAACUCAAUUUUUAUAUAUAUAGUUCCAUGAAAUAGUUAUUUGACUUUUUUAUAUUAAUUUUUUCAGUUCUCACUUUCUAAAGGCACAUUUACAUCAUAGAAACUCUGUCUGCCCUCCUUACAAGCAAGAUAAAUGUGCUUUUGAUCAUGAAGAGCAAUACAACUUUGUGCUGUUCUCAGUCCUGUUAUGUAGAUAUGAUUUAAUCUCUCUCUAUCAAGGAAUUGUUUGCACGUACUAUUUUCCCUUAUGCAGGAAACUUAAACAGUGACCUCUGACCAAUUAUCCUUUGUCUGCUGAAGAGAGGUGAUGUGGCAUCAUUAAAUAGACCAGGUAAUUGCUGCUAUGUUGGUGUGUUCAGGCUGGUGACUUUCAGGAAUCAUUGUAAAUAAACAGUUGGUUCAAGUCUAUCAAUACUGCAGUUUAAUUUAAGAUAUGCUCUGCCCCCUGCCCCCUUCAGAUUUAAAACAAUUAUCUUUAAAUUACCUAUCUAAAUUACAUUGAACUUUAUGGUUUUUUAACUGAACCUAAAUUGCAUUAGACAUCUCUUGGUUUAGACUGUCAUGCUAAAAUUUGAUCAUGAACAUUUACAUACUUGAAAACUGGGGGGUGGGGGCCUUACUGGCAGUAGAAUCCUAAGUAGAACUCCUUAGUUCCUGCGGGGAGUUGGAAGUACAGCCCCAAGGGCUGGGGUUUGUGAGAACAAAUGCAGCUCUGCUCCAUGGCUUACAGCUCACUUGGAAGCAGGAGAAGACAGAUGGUGUUGCAGGUGCUCUGCAUGGAAUUGUUCUGUCAGUUCAAAUGCAAACUCAAGGGAGGAUGCUCAGUCUCUCACAGCAGAGCCCUCAGAGGGGAGGUGCUAAGCCAAGCGUGCUUGUGACUGGAGCAGGCUCAGGGAGCCUUAACUCAGGGACCACCUGUGGCAUUUACAUGCUGGCCUAGGGUUGUAUUUUUGUUCAGUCUCUAGGUGACCACUGGGGCCGUGGUGCAGUUUCUAAAACCCGGCUAUAUCAUGGAGAAAGACUAUGCUAAUGAAAACCCAAGCCACUUUUAGCUCUGCUUCUGCUGAGUGGAAGUCUCUGACUUCCACUUUAGUAUGAUGGGAAAGGCAGACAGGAAAAUACUGCAAAAGCCAGGAAUCUGACAGAAAAUGUGAACUUGGAGAAAUGUUGCAUUUCAUAUCUGUGUCCCCAGUCAGUCCUUUCUAGCUGGCUCCCUUGUGCCAAGCAAGGAGCUGGACAGGCUCUUGAAAGUUCACUAAGAGGAGAAUGCAGUUCAUUGAGAGUCCCACCACCAAAACAGCAGCUCUUAGUUGUGUUAACAGAAAAUGCAGUUGAACUCCAGCUGUGAGUCCCAUAAUGCCCCCAAAGGACAGGGGGAGGGCUGGAGUGGAGCCCAGAGCAGCCAGGGGCACAGUGAGUGCACAGCAGUGCCUUGCCCUGGGUUCCUGCUGGGUGUGCACAGCCCAGGGUAAGGAAAAGCACAGUCACAUCUUUGGUACAGGGCCAUUCUUCAGUGCUUUGUCACAGCAUCUUAAGCCAGGAAACUGGCUUAAUCUAAAGCUUCAGAAAUUGUUCAGCAUAGCGAAUAGGGUUUUGAACAUGUACACAGGUUAAGGCUAUAAAGUUAGUAUUUGAUUUAGUGACAUAGUUAAAAGGAUGUUGUCUUUUACUUAGGUUGAAUAGUAAAUAGAAUAUGUCAUUGCUUUAAACUGUAGAUAGUUUGUCACUUUCCCUUCCCUACAGGAAGAGCCUUUCUUCUAAUUAACAAGAAUAGGUUGCUGAUACUUAACACCAGCAGAAAACAGGACAGGAAAAGUAUUGUACCACAUUGCUGCUCUUCCUGCUGCUCACAGGGAGCAGCACAGAUGCCACCUCUAGCUGUGUUUUCUCUGCAUGGUGCUUGGACUGGAUUGCUUUAGAAUUUACCUUUAAGAAUGCCAAGCUUAAAAUAAACAACUAUCUCUAGGCCAGCAACACUUUCAACUUACGGUAGUCAGGUGUAUGCAGUGUUCUUGCAAACCAGUGAUGUAAAUGUGCCUUUCUGCAUUUUUAGAAAUUUAAAUUUGUCAUCUUCAGCAACAUUCACUUACUUCAAUCAGUUUCUACUUGUCAGCAAUUGUUUGGGUUACAGUUACAUUCUCACUUGAACAUUUUCUUUCAGUCCCAUUUGCUGUGUCCCACACAGCUCCUGGGCAGUGGUGUUUCCAGCAGGGCCAUGUGGGGCUGGCUGGGAACACAAUGCAAUCACAGCAGGCUGGCCUUGCAGGAGGUGCUGCUCAGCACUUAGCCAUAUGCUUUGCUGGAACAAGUACAUUGUAAAUCCUUUCCUAAUUUAACUCUCUCCCACUGCAAACCCAGAUGGACAGUAUGAACAGUUUGUUGUGGAAACACAAGUAUUUCUCUUCCUGGUGGAGAACUUUGCUUAUCCACUGUAUUCUAUUCAGUGUGGUGUCAAAAAAAAAAAAAAAGUAACUGAGCACUGAACCAGUAACAUAUACUGCACCUGGCCUAGUAUUUUACCUUUUUAACCUAGCUUAUAUAUCCUAUAUUUAUCUACUAGCUUGUGGGGGGGGGGGAUUAUCUCUUUCAUUUAAGCCAAAUUUUUUCUACUUACUACUCAUCAUAGUACACACUAGCUGGCAAGAAUUUUUUUCUUGCUUGAGACCACUCUGCAAGCAGCAACUGCUCUCUACAGUUCAAAGACUUGCAUCUUUUUCACCAAAAUGUGUCCAAUCAAAAGGUUAUCCUUUUGUUAGUGAUUGUUUAGCCACAUAUACAAGUAGAGCCAACAUUUAUGUCAAUCAAAACUGCAACAUGUCCAGCUCCUUAAUGUCAGCAAGAAAGGAGAAUUUAAAAGUUUGAGACAGGCAGGGACAGUGAACUUAUAUCAAAAUCAGGAGACCAUUUAUGAAGAUUUUGUUAAAUAAUUGGGAAGUGUAACACAUGGUGUUCAGAAGUUCCCCCAGCAGUGUUUCAUUACUGAUAUGUCUGUGUCUUACUGAUGAAGUAAUGGGCACCCUGAGAGCUGAUUCCAACCUGCUUUAGGAUAUUCUCAAGUACUGUAGUGCCAGAGUUGUAACUGUUUACCAUUAAAAUCUUGUGUGUAAUUUUCAGUGAGGAUUACUGACUGUGCUCAUCUUGUGUGUUUCUGGAGCAUUUCCAGGAUGAAUGUGAAUUAUAUUUCAUCACACAGUAUGUUUAUGAAAAAUGUGCCAUUAAAGUGUCUCCUUUCCUUAGAAAAUGAAACUUCUCUUGUCCCUCUAGAGGCUUGCAGAACAUUGGUGUCAGUCCUCUGAACAGAAAUGGCAGAGUACUGUACCUUGUUCUGGGGAAAAAAAAAAAGAAGCAAUUCCAGUGCUCCUAACUCUGUAACACCUCUGCCAAACUUAGCACCUAAACCCAAAGAGGACCUGCCAUUCCAUUUUAAAUGCCUUUUCAUCCAACUGCUGUUAAUUUUUAUGUUAGAUUGUGAUGUGUCCCCUCAGUCUGGCAAGAGUGCAUUCUGAAAUCCUUGUCAUUCAACUUUGCUGGAUUGUUGAUUUGUUGUUAAUUUGGGCGUUUUUUUAAUUAAUAUUUUUUUAAAUAGUAUCCCUGUGUGUAUAACUCUGAGAAGUCUCAACUGUUUAAAUCUGCUCAAAACCAAAGGGGAAGUUCUUGGGAGUUGUAAAUGCUCAUAUGAGAAUGAAGAACAACACCUGCAGGCACACCUUUUAAGCUGCAGUUUUCCAUUGACUGCAUUAUCUGGCAUGUGAAAUCAUCUUGUACUUUUUGUGGCACUGACCAGAGCUGUUACUGAAGGGGAAGGGAGAACAGCAAUCUCCUUAUUUUAAAGAAAAGAUUAAAUGACAAAGGUUAUAAAUCCAAAAAGAUCAGUAGUUGUUAAACACAGCUUACUGUAUAUAAUAGAAAGUUCCUAAGUAAAGCCUGCAGCAGGAAGAGCUGCCAUUUCUGUAUAUGCCAGCUGUGUUCACACACACACACACACAC